AGGCAUUGCAAAGUGAGGGUGCAGUUAAACAUAGAAGACAUUGCAAAACGCACGUGCCUUUGACCAUAUUACGACUUGGAACUUGGAGGCUUGGGAAAGGUCAAACUCUCUCGUCUAUCCUUCCCAGCCCUAAUCCUUUUUUCUGCUUCCACUUCCCAAGCGGUAGCUACCACUGUACUCAUCCACUAACACCAAUUCCAAACAAUCCUUUCACUUUCAAUUCAAAUUUCAAGGUUUUGCAUUCUUGCUCCUCACUUUCUUUUCCCACUCCACUUUCGCCACUUUGCGAUUCUUCAUCAAUUCCGCGCUUUCAGCUUCCUCCACUGUUGCUUCAACUAUUGAUUUCAACUUUCAUACCCAAGUGGUGAUAAUUUGGUGAGACAUCAUGCCAGCGGUGCGGUGUUUGAUUCCCCAAGACACCGUAGAGCAGAAAUUACAUAUAGAAAGAAAGCUUGGUAGCGUCAAAGCACGCAAGUAUUUUGAUCUGCUGCAGAGAUUUUUGAGUCUUAGAAUUAGCAAGAGUGAAUUUGAUAGGACCUGCAUAGCAACUAUUGGGAGAGAAAAUAUCCCUCUUCAUAAUCAUUUGCUCAAGUCAAUCCUGAGAAGAGCAUGUAUCUCCAAGACAAUUGGGUUAAGAGAAAGCAAAAUAGAAAGUUCUUUGACCGUGAAAACGUCAAAUGGGUGUAGCAAUCUUCAAUUUCUGUGCAAGGACUUCCCACAAUCUCCUCGAAAAGGCAGGACUCCAAAUUUGCGUGAUCGCAGAUACAGGGACCGUCCCAGCCCUCUUGGCCCUCAUGGAAAGAACAACAUUGGAUGUGAGGAUUCUGCCCCAAAAACUCAUGAGCAGCAGAGCAUUGUCGAUCUACAGUCCCCAGGGAGUAGACUUGCUCUUUCAGUGGAAGAUGAGGAGGAAGUUGAUCAAGACUCUGAAAUUAUGAACCUUUACAAAAGAGGUCCUAUUGAAGCACCUCUGGGUAUUCCUGCUUACAACAGAAGACCGCAAAAGUAUUUAUCCCAAGGAUUAUCGCUUGGUACUUUAAGUGAUACCUGUCAAAGCAUUGGUCAGUUACCAGAUACAUCUUCUUUAACCAAAAGGUUGGAACAGAAAUUGGAAACAGAAGGAUGUAAGAUUUCGAUAGAUGCAUCCAACUUGUUAAAUAAUGCACUUGAUCUCUAUCUCAAAAGAUUGAUAAAGCCCUGUUUGGAUUUAGCUGCUUCAAAAUCUGUAAAUAAGUUCAGUGCUUCAAUCCAACCUGGUUUAAAGGAGCUACCAAUGAGAAGGGGUGUGCAAAAGCCAUUUGGGUCUGCUUCUGUAUCUCUAUCUGACUUUAGAACAGCAGUAGAGUUGAAUCCUACUCUGCUAGGGAAAGAUUGGCCUCUAAAUUUAGAGAAGAUUUGCCUACGUGAAUCAGAGGAAUGAUCCAAGACAGGUUCAAUACUAUAAAAUUGAAUUGCCCUUGAAGUGAUGAUAUUGGAAUAGGGUAAGUCUACUCUGAAUCUAAUAUUUGAUUUUUCACUCAACAUUGCUGACAUACUUUAGUGGAAAUGUGAGAAGUUUUGAUCUGGUGACUACAAGUUGUAUAGUUUUCAGUGCUGACAAAUUUAGUUUGGGACAUUAUAACGUGUUAAAUUUAAAAAUUAUUACCACAAGAAUAAAGUUUACUGAA